GGGGAGGAGGUAGAAAUGGAUGAUGAAGACGAGGAGACGGCGGGUGUGGAGGAGAAGGAGGAGGAGGAGGAGAAGGAGGAGGAGGAGGAGGAGGGGAAGGCGGAGGUGUCCCUGGUGGACCAGGGAGAAAGCGACGAAGACAUUUAUGCAUCGAAGGAGGAUAUGUACUCAUCGCCAUCCUCUGCGGAAGUCACACCUCUGAAGGUGGAGGAGAGCUGCAGUCUGGCCCCAAUGGUGGACCUGCUGUCCUACAGCCAGCGGGAGUGGAGAGGAAACACUACUAAGAGCGCCCUUAUAAGGAAGGGCUACCAGCAGAUGAUGGAGUGGUUUGGCGGUGUGCGUCGUGUGCGGGGGGACAACUACUGCGCCCUGAGGGCCACCCUCUUCCAGGUCCUCUCCCAGACCACCCAGUCCCCCGCCUGGCUCCAGCAAGAUCACUUCACCACGUUGCCUGGGGAGCUGGAGGGCCCUGACGGACUACUCAGCCGGUGGUGGUUUCCCGGGGAGUACCAGUCAGGAGACGGCCAAAGCAACGUGACCCAACGACUUAAAGGAUACAUUGAGCUCCUCAGGAAAACGUGGGCGGCGGCGGCGGACUGCCCCACGGCGGAGGCGCGGCGGCGGCUGUGCGAGGGCGUGUUCCAGGGCGGGCAGGAGGAGCUGGGGCUGAUGGAGGCCCUCAAGCUGCUGAUGCUGGGCCGCGCGGCCGAGCUGCACCGCAGCAUGGAGCAGGGCCACGACGUCCCCGUGUUCUGCUGGCUGCUGUUCGCCCGCGACACCUCCCCCUGCCCGCGCACCUUCCUCACCAACCACCUGAGGCAGGUGGGCGUCAGCGGAGGCCUGGAGCAGGUGGAGAUGUUCCUGCUGGGCUACGCCCUGCGCUGCACCAUCCAGGUGUACCGCCUCUACAUGAGCGGCACCGAGGAGUUCCUGACCUACUACCCCGACGAUCACCGUGACGACUGGCCCGCCAUCAGCCUGGUCACCGAGGACGACCGCCACUACAACGUGCCGGUCGUCAUGGCGACAGCGGCACCAGAAGCAGCGCCCAGAUGAUAGGAAGAGGGGGUUGGAGGGGGGAGGGGGAAGCCUCCUCCUACCCGUCCACAUCCUCAGGUCCUUCCAGACUCUGGUGCCAUAUAUGACAAAUGAUGCAAGUUGUGUGCGUGCGUGUGUUGCGGCUUGUGUGUUUGUGUGACAGAACUAUAAGCACAUGCUGGCGAACACCCAAACCUAUUUGUCCCCCCCCUCCUUUUUUGCCAAAUUGAAGGACGGUCUUCUGACUCAGGCCUCUGCCGCCACAGAAGUACUAAAUAUCAGCCACCAUGGGGGGGGGGUGCGGGUGCGCAGUGUCAUCCACACUUGAGCCCCAGGCACAGACUUAUGGUCUUGUCAGUCCCCUUUUCUUUGUGUCGCACCAAUAUUACAUCAAAACUUUGGAAUUUAGAGAUCUGGGUGUGUUCCAACACCAGCUGUGUGUGUGUGUGUGUUUGAGAGAGCGAGUGUGAUUGAGUGAGUGACAAACUGCCUUUUAACCAAGCUGUUCUUGGGGUGAGAUGUGCCAACGUCCUACACCAGCCUUCGGCCUUGCAGUGCCGGGGCCCAGCUCAGUGUUUCCCCGCUUACGGACACCCGGUUUGGAUGUGUUGUGGUGAGUGACCCUGCCCGUCGUCUAUAGAUACUCGGCGAUGAAGUGAUUUAAAAGAUGCCUUGAAAUGGUCCUGUGUAUGUGAGCAGGCCGCCGAGGGAUGAAGGGUGGGGUCUGAACCCGAGGUUGGGAACCACUGGGCGGGCGGGCUCCACGGUACUGCGGCCUCAUGCGGUGCUCCAAGUUGCCUUAGAUUUAAUGCACAAUAAGUAGGAGGGUCUAACGCGUCCCCGACCGCCAGGACGCCACCAUGGCCCGCCUUUCAGCCGGUGGCGGAGAAGAGGACUCUGAUUAGUCUGAUCUCUUGGUUGUUUAUUCGGGGGG